UCAGUAGAAAGUAGAAACAAGUAGAUCAGGAAUUCAUUCUUGGAUCAUGGCUGAGACCACACCCAAUCACACACAAACCGUUUUUGGAUGGGCUGCUCAUGAUUCUUCUGGCAACAUAACCCCCUACACUUUCAAAAGAAGGGAGAACGGUGUUAAUGACGUGAGCAUAGAGAUCUUGUACUGCGGGAUUUGCCACACGGACAUUCACUACGUCAAAAAUGAAUGGGGAAUCACUAGGUACCCGGUUGUUCCGGGGCACGAGAUCGUUGGGGUGGUAAGCAAGGUGGGGAGGGAAGUGAAUGGAUUCAAAGGUGGAUGGUGCUAUAAUGUUAGUGAGAAGGAUGGUGGAUGAUGGAGUUUUUAUUUU